AUGCCCUGGCGAGAACGAGAAGGACACAGUGCUACCUUCGUGGGUGGCCACAUGUUCGUGUUCGGUGGCUGCCAGGUCUCCUCAGAGUGCUUCAACGAUGUGUCGGUGCUGGACACCCUCGAGCCCUGUCCCGAGCAGUGCGCGGGGCACGGAACUUGUGUGGAUGGGCUCUACUGCCAAUGCACCACGCCGGGUUUCACGGGCCAUGAUUGCCUACAGCCCUUGACGUGCCAUCUGGACUGUGGCCUUCAUGGAUCUUGUGGGCAAGAUGGACAAUGUGCUUGCAGCAACGGCUGGAGUGGUCACACGUGCCAAGAUCCACCCCGCUGCCCUGGCGCCCCCCUUCCAUGCAGCGGCCGUGGUGAAUGCCUCGCUGGCGGCACCUGCAGGUGUCAGGCUGGUGCGGCUGGGCUGGACUGCUUUGCGGAUGCCACGAACCACAGUAAUCUGACGGCCUCGCGCCCCUUCUUUGCUCGGCGCUUGGUGCAACACCUUCUCUCCUUCACUGAGAAAGAGACCAAAGAGCCGCGACUGCAGAAUGGGCAGAGCAUCUCGCCAGCAGACUUUGGUAUCCACGUGAACGAGGAUGGGCAUGAGGGGGAAGCUUCACCUGACUGCGAAGACAAUUGUCAUUGGCGUGGACUGUGCGACGCUGGUGUGUGUUAUUGCCAGCCAGGCUUUUCGGGCAGGACUUCCAGGAGAACACGGAUGGCACCAUCAGCAUUGUGGCAACAGGUGCCAUGGCUGGGGUCAGCUUCUUGUGCUCCUUGGGGAUCACCAUGA